GCUCUUCGUACACUUAGCCUCCGCUUCAAUGGCCUGUCCGGUAGCCUCCCAUCGGACCUCUCCGGCGCUGUAGAGCUCCGCAACGUUUAUUUGCAGGAAAACCGUUUUUCCGGCAAUAUUCCGACGGUGCUGUUCUCCAUGGAGAAACUUGUUCGUUUGAAUCUUGCUGGGAAUGGCUUCACGGGCGGGAUCUCACCGGCGUUCGGGAAUCUGUCUCACCUCAGGACGCUGUACCUUGAGAGGAAUCAGCUGGAGGGAAGCAUCCCGAACCUUGAUCUUCCGAAUCUAGAGCAGUUUAACGUCUCUUUUAAUCGGCUAAAUGGCUCGGUUCCGUCGAAGCUGAGCAAGGAACCGGCGAGCGCGUUUAUGGGGAUGUCGCUGUGCGGCGGUCAGCUGGCUCCGUGUCCCGGUCUCGCCGGUCCGGCCCGGGAGCCGGCGGCGAGCCCUGGAGGAAGAAGUGGAGGCCGUACUCCACCUGCCUCCGAUAGCAGCGGGAGUAAGCUCUCCGGUGGCGCAAUCGCCGGAAUCGCUGUUGGAUCUGCCGCUGUGGUGCUGAUAUUGCUGAUUCUGUUGGUGUUCGUGUGUCGGAGAAGCGGCGGGAGUAAAAAUCCGGCGGUGGAAGCAGCCGCGGUGGCCGGGAAGCCGUCGAGACAGCGGCCAGCGCCCGGGGGUAGGGAGAGAGGUGAAUCAGCGGCAGUCGCCGCUGUGGCGGGAGGGGCGGCGGAGAAGAAGCCUGAGAUUGGGAAAAGAUUAGUUUUCUUUGGAAGGUCGGGAGAUGGAGAAUUUGAUUUGGAGGAUUUGCUGCGCGCGUCGGCUGAGGUAUUGGGGAAGGGAACGUUCGGAACGGCCUACAAGGCAUUGUUGGAGAUGGGAGCAGUGGUGGCAGUGAAGAGGCUGAGGGAUGUGAAUUUGUCGGAGCAGGAGUUUAGGGAGAAAAUUGGAGUGGUGGGAUCCAUGGAGCAUGAAAAAUUGUUGCCUCUCAAAGCAUAUUACUUCAGCAAGGAUGAAAAGCUUCUUGUUUAUGAUUAUAUGCCCAUGGGAAGUCUCUCGGCUCUGUUGCAUGGCAAUAGAGGAUCUGGAAGAACACCCCUAAAUUGGGAGACAAGAUUAUCCAUCGCGCUCAGUGCUGCCCAAGGCAUCGAGUACAUCCAUUCCCUAAGCCCGACAGUUUCCCAUGGCAACAUCAAAUCCUCCAACGUUCUCCUAACGAAAUCCUGCGAAGCUCGUGUUUCUGACCAUGGGCUCGCAACUCUCGUCGGUCCCAGCACCACCCUGAGCCGCAUUGCAGGUUACCGAGCACCAGAAGUCACUGAUAUUCGCAAAGUCUCGCAGAAGGCUGAUGUCUAUAGCUUCGGCGUCCUCCUUCUAGAGCUACUCACGGGCAAGGCUCCCGCACAAGCCCUCCUCAAUGAGGACGGUGUCGAUCUCCCGCGAUGGGUUCAGUCCGUUGUUCGGGAGGAUUGGUCGUCAGAGGUUUUUGAUCUGGAGCUGCUUAGGUAUCAGAAUGUCGAGGAGGAGAUGGUUCAGCUUUUACAGCUUGCCAUAGACUGUGCGGCGCAGUAUCCGGACAGCCGACCUUCAAUGCCGGAGGUGGUGGCGCGGAUCGAACGGAUCCGUUCGUCGAGCGGAGGUUCUGCAAACAUUGAAGAACAGGGGCACCAACAGGUCGAACCAAGCGACACCGAAGUUACAACUACUGAUCAGUCCUCUCGGCGGUCUGAUUCUGUGGAACAUGCCAAAUCCACAGGUGCCGAUUCAUGAACCAUGUUUAGUGUUUUAAGAUGUUUUUUUUCCAUUUUUUUCAUUUCAUUUUCUUUGGUGAUGAUGCCAUGCAAUUAAUUGCUCAAGGUUUUUUCAUUCUAUUAUCUCAGUAGAUUCUCCUCCAUGUUUAUCUUGUAUUACUGAAAUUUUUCAUGCUUCUAGGAGUUCAUGGAUUGAACUCUCUCAUUUGCUUUUUUUUUUUUUUAA